GUGAUAAAAAAGCAUUGGCUCAUCGUUCAAAUCGCACAUUGCUCUUCCUUCGCCACUCGACUCCCUAUGAAAAAAACACCAUUUUGAAUUUGCCAUACAUACAAAUUAAUGGUCAAAGGAUUACCCAUUGAUAGAAUGUUGCGGCAAAUAUUUUCUUUGCUGGGCGCCAUAUUACUCUUGUUAACUUUGCAAAUGCCUUGGGCUGUGCAUUGCAUCAAAGUUGAGCGUGGGCACGCGCAAACACAUUCAUAUAUAAAUUUAGACAAUGCUGAACCGCAGUCAUCACAGCCAUUCUCUUCAGCGGACAUUGUUGCUCAGUUUGUUCUGCCACCUAUUAAUAAUGGAGGCGUGCCCAAUGGUCAAUUCGAUGGUGGUAGCUCCACGUCCACAUCGACGGAGGCUAACUUCGGUAAUCACACAAAUGCUGCUAAUGGUUUCAAUAUUGGCAGUUACAAUGAUCAAUCGAAAAACUAUUUCACUCACCUUACCUUCGAUUACGCGCAUGACGUCCUUUAUGCGGGUGCCACAAACAAAAUAUUGAAGCUAAAUGAAAACCUAAGAGUUCUCUCAGAGGCUGUCACCGGACCCAAGCUCGAUGCACCGCAGUGUCAUGCCGGUGGAUGUCCGGAGGAUGUGGAAACGUCGCUGGUUAAUAAUUAUAAUAAAAUAUUGGUUGUUAGCUACGCCCACAACGACGGAGUCCUCAUCUCAUGUGGUAGUGUACGGCAAGGUGCCUGUGAAAUUUAUAAUCUCUUGCGAUUUCCAUCUGCUCCUCAAUUUGUGGCAGUGCCAUUGGCUGCUAAUGAUGAAUAUGCAUCGACUUAUGCAUUUGUUGGUCCGUCUCGCUAUUCAUGGAAAGAGGAGGAUAUACUCUAUGUGGGCACGACAUUUACUAACGUGGGCGACUAUCGGCAUGAUGUGCCAGCGAUAUCAUCUCGACGGUUGGACGACUUAAAUUACGCCGAAUUUUCCAUACAACAGUCAAUUAUUAACAUCGAUGUGAAAUAUCGUGAUCACUUUCUGGUUAAUUACGUUUACGGAUUCAAUUCGUCAGAGUAUGCGUACUUUGUGCUUGUUCAAAAAAAGUCUCAUUUGGCUGAGGAGGCAGGUUAUGUAACGCGUUUAGCACGCAUCUGCAUUACAGAUCCGAACUAUGACAGCUACACUGAGAUAACCAUUCAGUGUACUGCUACCAAUAAGCAAAUCGAUUAUAAUAUAUUGAGGGAUGCGAAGAUAACGCAUGCCAGCCAAAAGUUGGCACAUCAAAUGGGCAUCAAGCGAGAUGAUCAUGUCCUGGUGACUGUGUUUUCUCCAUCAAAAGAGAUAAGCGAUCAGCCAGAAAACAAGUCAGCUAUGUGCAUUUAUAGCUUGAAGGACAUUGAGGAUGUGUUUAUUGAGAAUAUACACAUGUGCUUUAAUGGCACCAAUAAGGAUCGGAAUCUAGGUUAUAUAUCUGGCACGAUCAAUGAUGGGAAAUGCCCAAAUGCUGGAUCUUUGGGAAACAUUUACAAUUUCUGCAGUGUGGGACUUAAAAUUAGCGGCGUUGCACCAAUAACGGCACAUGCCUUAUUCCAUUUUGAUAAUGUUUCGGUUACCUCGGUGACAGCAACAACUACAACUGAUCAACAGCAUUCACUUGCGUUUCUAGGCACUGAAACAGGCACUAUUAAAAAAGUAUUAAUGUCCGGUCAGAAGCCAGGUGAGUAUGAAGAAAUUGUAGUCGAUGCUGGCAAUCGUAUACUACCAAACACAAUGAUGUCAGCGAAAAAGGAUUUUCUUUACGUGCUGUCAUUGCGUAAAAUAACAAAACUGCGUAUUGAACAUUGUUCCGUAUAUUCAAAUUGUUCAACUUGCCUGGAGUCCAGGGAUCCAUUUUGUGGCUGGUGUUCCUUGGAAAAGCGCUGCACUGUUCGUUCCACAUGUCAACGGGAUACAUCGGCUUCGCGCUGGCUCUCAUUGGGUAGUGGUCAACAAUGCAUCGAUUUCGAAUCAAUAGUGCCUGACAAAAUUCCCAUUAAUGAAUUGACGCGGGUGCAGCUCGUAAUACGUACAUUGCCGGAACCAUUUAAUGCCAAAUAUCGUUGUGUAUUUGGGAAUUCUACGCCAAUUGAUGCCGAGAUACUGGAGCAUGGUUUGGCCUGUGAUACGCCUCCAAUUGAUCAAAGGCCAAUUAUUGCUGCUAAUACGGACCAUGUGCUUGUUCCGCUGUCCGUGCGUAGUUCCGAGACUAAUAAGGAUUUCGUGUCGCGCUCUUUUGCAUUUUUUGAUUGCUCCCAUCAUAAAAAUUGUCAAUCCUGUGUUCGAAGCUCGUGGGGCUGCAAUUGGUGCAUUUUCGAUAACAAGUGUGUCCAUAAAUCGGAACAGUGUCGUAACAUGGAAAAUGCAAUCGGUGGAGAGGGUCAGUGUCCGCACUUGAAGCGAAAUCGUCAACCAAUUUUGCUGCCAGUGCGUGUGCCAAAGGAAAUAAGAUUAGAAAUCGAGAAUUUGCCAAAGCCAAAAAGUGCGCAUGCUGGAUAUUUGUGUACGAUACAAAUUGAGGCAGCUCAAAUGCUUUUACCGGCUCACAUUGAGUCCAACAAGAUUGUUGUGUGUGAAAAGACACCGUACUUUUAUGAGACGAAUACACACGAAUACGAAGCCAAGGUUGAGAUAACAUGGAAUCGUCAGCACUAUGUAGACACCGCCACAGUCAUAUUGUACAAGUGUGACGUUCUUGGUUCCCAUCGAGAGCAUGCUGACUGCAGUUUGUGUGUCACACGUGAUCCGAAAUACCAAUGCGCCUGGUGUGGGAGCUCUUGUGUAUACAAUGAAACUUGUGGAUCAUCAACAAUAAAAAUGCAUGGUCUUGGCUAUGAUGUCGGCUCUGUUUCAAAUAAUGUUCUCCCUCAAAAUGAAUGUCCGCGACCUCGAAUUGAUAUCAUAAAACCAUUGUCAGGUCCUUUGGAAGGCGGAACUUUGAUUACAAUCGAGGGAAGCAAUUUAGGUAUUCGCGAAGAAGAUGUAAGAGGCAAAAUAUCAAUUGGAACAGUGCCAUGUAUUUUGGUGAAUUACCAAAUCUCUGUCAAAAUUGAGUGCCGUACGGGAGCAGCAUUGCGUGAAAUGUCGGCGCCAAUUAAGGUCGCAAAUGAUGCGGGUUUUACGGAGUCAAGUGUUCAAUUUCAUUUUAAAAAUGUUCAGCUCACCGGUUUAUAUCCCACUGUUGGACCCAAAUCGGGUGGUACAAAAUUGUCCUUAUUAGGCAAAUAUCUAAAUAUUGGCUCUAGCAUUCGGGCGUUUCUCGAUGAAUACGAAUGUCAUAUAAAUGUAACGCAAGCCUCAUCAUCUCGCUUAUCAUGCAUAACAUCGGAGGCAACGCAACCCGAGCCCAUUCGCUCUUUACGCUUGGUUGUCGAUGGAGCUAAUCGAACAUUUACUUGCAAAAAUGCAGAUUCGGGAGAGCAACAGCAGCUGAUAAGUACAUCUCGUAGCUAUUAUGGAGCAUAUCAUUACAAUAUGCCGCCUCCGCCGUGCUCGAUAUUCAACUAUACACAGGAUCCGCGCAUAAUGCAAAUUAAGCCACUGCGCAGCUUUGCCAGUGGAGGUCGCAUCUUAACCGUACAUGGAAUGUAUUUGGACUCAAUACAAAAUCCUGAGCUCGAGGUUUUUCUGGAUAAUGAGCGUGUAAACAAAACUUCUUGCACUGUUAUUAAUUCCAGCCAAAUGGAGUGUCCAUCUCCUCCAGUAAAUCAAAAAUUUCAGUUAUUGAAAGACGCUAUUGGAAAGAAAUCGGAUCAGUACUUCGAACGUAAGCGAAAGCGCAAUGCACUAUUCAAUGAUAGUUUAAAUAUGUACGCAACAGGCUCAACAGUAUCCUUUGUUAAGGUACAUGAGACUCAAUUAAAUUUGCAGCUUAGUUUUAUCAUGGACAAUGUGCAGUUGGUGCGAGAUUUGAAUAAAUAUUUUCAUGAAAUUCGCAGUACAAUUGUAUACCUGAGCGACCCGAGAUAUAUGCCAUUCCCGAAUGAUGGCAUCAAACUUUAUAAAGGUGACAGCCUGGUCAUCGAGGGUGAAAUGCUUAAUUUGGCGGCUGAUGAGUAUGAUGUAAAUGUAACGAUCGGCACUGUUCAGUGCAAUAUAACGAGCCUUGCUCUUACACAACUAUUGUGCAUACCGCCCGAGCAGCAACCGGCCUCGACGGAUGAAAAUGGUAUUGAUCAGUCAGUGGAUCUGCCACUGGUUGUUGUUAAAGUUGGUCGUAAUUUGCGCUUUGUUAUUGGCUAUCUAAAAUAUGAUUUGAACAAACCGUAUUCGUUCUCACAUGCCGUGUUCGGUAUCAUAUUGACUGUAGCUGCAUUGAUCAUUAUACUUGUAAUUGUUUUAAUCAUAUUUCGGCGAAGGUCAACGCAAGCAGAACGUGAAUAUAAACGUAUACAAAUCCAAAUGAUCACUUUGGAGAGUAAUGUGCGGUCUGAAUGCAAACAGGCAUUUGCCGAACUACAAACUGACAUGACAGACCUAACUGCGGACCUUGAAAGCAGUGGCAUACCAACGCUCGAUCAUGUCAACUAUAUUAUGAAAGUAUUCUUUCCAGGCGUAUCGGAUCAUCCAAUAUUAAAUUCCGCAAAAAUACGCGGGAAUAGCCAGCAUACAAAUUAUGAUACAGCUAUGAUGCAAUUCGAGCAGUUGAUGAGCAACAAAUACUUCCUUUUAACGUUUAUUGAAACUUUAGAGAUGCAACGAUCAUCAUUUUCAAUACGCGAUCGUGUAAAUGUUGCCUCACUCCUAAUGAUCGUUCUUAUGAACAAAAUGGAGUAUGCCACGGAAAUUUUGAAAUCGCUUUUGUUGCGUCUUAUCGACAAAUCAUUGGCCAGCAAGCAUCCGCAGUUAAUGCUGCGCCGCACGGAAAGUGUCGUAGAGAAGAUGUUAACCAACUAUUUGGCAAUUUGCAUGUACGAAUAUCUGAAAGAAUAUGCCGGCUCAAGUUUAUUUUUGUUGUUCAAGGCAAUUAAGCAUCAAGUAGAGAAAGGUCUGGUCGAUGCUAUAACGCACGAUGCACGAUAUUCGCUGUCCGAGGAACGUUUACUGCAUGAACAGAUCACACAUUCCGUCGUUUUAUUGCAUAUCCUACAGGACGAUCUGGACGAGAAGGUUCAGUGUCGCGUCAAUGACUGGGAUACAAUAUCCCAAGUCAAGUUAAAGAUUCUUGAUGCCAUCUUCAAAAAUACACCAUUCUCAAUGCGGCCGUCAGUACACGAAGUGGACCUUGAGUGGCGUCACGGUCGUGGUGGUCAUUUAACACUCCAGGAUGAGGAUCUUACCACAAAAACUAUUAACGGCUGGAAGCGCUUGAAUACAUUAUUCCAUUAUGGGGUUAAAGAGUCCGCCGUUAUGUCUCUUAUCGCCAGACAGAAUGACAGCUACAAUAUGCCUUAUAGUAAACCGCAGGCUCCCUAUCACAAUUUUUAUUAUAUUAACAAUUCGCAGAGUCAUAUUAUAAUCAACAACGAUAUUGAAUCGGGUCUCCAGCAACCGAGGCUCUAUCACCUAGUAAAGCCAAUAAUACCCGAUCACUAUAUGAAUAUAAAAAAUUCGGCUAUAUCUGGAGUCUUGCCACCAGCGCAAGGUGGUGCUCACUGCAUUGGAAAUGGGAGCGAGAGAAUUAACAAAACUAUACCAGAAGUGUAUUUAACCCGAUUGCUUGCCACAAAGGGUACUAUACAGAAAUUUGUUGAUGAUUUCUUUUCGAUUAUAUUAACUGUAAAUGAAGAGCUGCCACCCGCUGUUAAAUGGCUAUUUGAUCUGCUCGAUGAGGCGGCUAGACGUCAUGGUAUUGCCGACACUGAUAUUAUACACGCAUGGAAAUCGAAUAGUUUGCCACUGAGAUUUUGGGUUAACUUUAUUAAGAAUCCAGAUUUUAUAUUUGACGUAAACAAAACAUACUCUGUAGACUCCUGCCUGAGUGUCAUCGCACAGACUUUUAUGGACGCAUGUUCAACAACGGAACACAGAUUGGGCAAAGACUCGCCAUCCAAUAAACUCUUAUUUGCUAAGGAUAUUCCAAACUAUAGAAGAAUGGUAAAGGACUUCUAUCGAGAUGUGGCAAGGCUUCCUCAAAUUAGCGAUCAAGAAAUGAGCACAGCAAUGCAGCAGUUGUCAGUUCAGCAGAAUGCAGAAUUUGACACCAUUUCUGCAUUAAAAGAACUGUAUAUUUAUAUAACUAAGUACAGAGAGCAGAUAAUGGAUGCUCUGGACUCUGAUCCGAAUUGUAAAAAAAUGCAUUUGUCCAGUAAACUUCAAAGUGUGGCCUGUACACUAGAUGGCGAGGAUACAUCAAACUGCUGACAAGAAAGUGUAUUUUAUUAUGUGAUUUAUGACGUUGCUAACCUGAUCUUUCUAAUUUCGAGCAUCCCAAUUUUAAUUUUAAUUAACGAUUAAUUAUGUCUGUGAAAUCCACAUCCCACAUACAAAUAUUCUAUCAAGUGCCAACUAGAGCAACAAAAUCUGUCACAUCAUUUAAUUUAAAUGUACUUUUCACUUAUUUACAUA